GUAAAUGGCGGCGCUCGGCGCCCUGCUCCUCUCCGGGAGCCUGGGAAUCUACCCGGACGGCCACUUCGACAGCGUGACCAAGGUGACAACCGGCAACUUCGAGGGCCUCGUCAAGGAGACGGUCGAUGCGGGCAAGACGCUCUUCGUGCGGUGGAUCGCCUCCGCCGGGUGAGGCUGAUGACGCAAGCAGGCGCCUGCGUGGAAUGCUAUCACGAAGGCGUUUGAGAACAACUCUGAUGUGGCAUUUGGCGAUGUCAACCUCUCCGAGGACCAAGACGAAAACAAGCUCCCUGGCGCGAUGUGCGACGUGUUUGGCAAGGAGGAGACGAUGCAGGCCUACGUCGAGGAGAUGGGCGACACGUCCCUCUGCAAGGCGAGCGACGGCGCCGGCUGCGGCGACAAGGAGAAGGACUUCAUCGCAAAGUGGACCGGCAAGCCUGCCGAGGAGGUGACAGCGCAGCUGACGCGGCUGCAGGGCAUGGCGGCGGGCAAGAUGAAGCCCGAGCUCAAGAAAUGGCUGUCGCAGCGCAUCGCCGUCCUCAAGCAGCUGGCGCCCAAGGACGAGCUCUAGGCUGCCCCUCCCCGCGGUUCGGCCGCCGUCCCGCCGCGUGGGCGGCGGGCGGCAGAGCCGGGCGUGUGCUUCCCUCUGGUGUGCCGAUGGGAGACGCCAGUCCCGCGCCCCCCGCCCACGCUGCUACCAUGACGCCCCGGCACGCAAACCCGCGAUCAGCGGGCCGGCCCGGGGUGGAGGGACUUUUGCAGCAGCGGUGGCGGGGGCCGGCACGCCUAGGGGUGAGCACAUCGAUUCCGGCUUGUGUGCCGCGGCGUUUUUUUCUUUGGUUCCUAGAAGAUGCUACAAUAAA